AGUCUGUGGGGAGAAAAGGCAGCCAGACGGAGAGAAGCAGCGGCGAGAGGAGAGAAAAAACAGACGGUCGGUCGGGAGGAUGUGUGCGCGGUGAUCGGUGCAGUCAGAGCCGGAUACUGCUUUUACAGCCGCCCCGGACCGCCUCGGAGCCUGCCUCUCUCCUCUCCUCCCCCCUUCCGAGCGACCCUCCGCCAUGUCCGGCGGGGGAGAGGUGCGCGUCCUCCGCCAAGAGGCCGGGCAAGAGAGUCCGAGGAUGCCGGCCUGGAAGCGAGAAAUCCUGGAGAGGAGGAAGGCGAAGGGCGGCGGGUCUGGGGGAGCCGGUGCCGCGGAGGCUAGCCCCGGCGGCCCGCAGCGGAUAAACGGCGAGGCAGCGGGGAAUGUAAACGGCAGCGGCGGUAGUGGAGGCGGUGGCGGUGCCGCUGGUGGACCCAAAAGAGACAGCGGGGCGACCGGUGGUGGGUCUGGGCGGAACUACACCAUCACCCCGGCCAGCCAACACUUCGCCAACAACAAAGAGCCGAGAGCAGAGAGGACGACACCGAGGGAGGAGGACCGACACGAGAGCCUGGUGCUGCAGGAGAGCCUGGGGCCGCUGGAGGAGAACCCGUUCAUCAAGCUGGAGAAGGAGCGGAGGAGGCAGCAGGACCGAGAGAACGCAGCCCGGCCGGUGCAGCACAUCCUGGAGCUGUACGGCAGCGUCCCCGGCAUACGGACUAUCCGAGCCGAGAACAUCAUCAUCAUAGAGUCGGACCCGGAUUACUUCACGGAGGCAGCAGGCGGUAAAAGCGGCUCCAAGUGGCAGCAGAACGGUGUGAGUAGUUACAGCUCUUUGAACGACCUUCUGGACCGCAGAGGGAGUGCUGUUACCGAGAUAAGAGCCAAGGAGGUGGUCAUUUAUGACACCACGUUAAGCAAGAGUGAGGAGAACCUGAGCACCCUGGGCCGCCCGGACCAUGAGGGCCCCUGUGACAGCGGUGAGGGUCAGGGCAGGGUCAGCCGCAUCCUGCAGAAGUUUGACAGCAACUACGGGAAGCUGCAGAAGAAGUCCCACAGCACAGAGAACCUGCUGGAGCUGGAUUGCAGUGCCAGCAGCAGGCCAAGACUCUGGCCCAAGCCACAGCCAGAACCGGUGCCAAAGCCCAGGCCGGGCCCGUCGGUCAGCAGCCCAGUUAGCAGCCAGCCCUCCUCGCCGGUCUUCCAGAGCCCCUGGUCUUCCAAACCAAAGCCACAGCCUGCUACAUCCGAGCCGGGCAGCCCCCAGCGCCCUGCCGGGCCCCCACAGUCUGUGUCUUCCUUCCGCCAGCGGCUCCAGGAAACUGGGGUCCACCACGGUGCCGCCCCCAGAGACGAACCAGACCGGGGUCCAAGCAAACCCACCAGGGAGAGAGACUGGGAGGCCGCCGAGGUGACCCCCAAACCCAAGGUGCCAUGCUCUCCGGAGACCCGUCGUGCCCGUGCCGAGUCCCCCUCGAGUCCCAUCUCAUCCAAGGCCACCCGUUCCUCAUCCGAGUUCGAGAUCCGUCCCUCCCCGAAGCCGGACCUGGACCGGAUCCCAGACGGGGAUGCCCAGGCCCGGGCCCUGGCGAACCUGCGCCUACAGUCCAAGAACUCCUUCACGGUCAUCCCCAAGCGUCGCCUCGCCACCACCUUGUCUGCAGCCGGCAGCCCAGUACCAUCAGGCCCGGUCAAGUCUUCCCCCUCCCACAGGGCGGUGGAGGUGUCCACACCAGGAGUGCCAAGCUCCCACACCCACAUCCUCACCCCUCAGAAGAGAAAAGAGGAGAAGGAGGUGGAGAGGGUAGUGAGGCCAUCCAAGCCUGAACCAUCACCUACUGUUGCCACAAGUCCAACUCUGACCCCUGGACCUUCAUCUCCAUCCAGAGCUCCCAUCUCUCCACCUGCCCUGACCUCACCCCCAUCCUCUCCAGCUCUCCCAUCCUCACCCCCUACCUCUCCUGUCUCGUCACGCUCUGUUGCCCCAUCUUCUGCUCCUUCGACGCCUUCCCCAAAUCCGGAUCAACCACCCGCCGAUCAGCUCCCAGUGACCAACAUAGACGACAUUGAGGUGGAGCCCCCGCAGAGAGUCCCCGUCCCCAGCCCCAUGGUGCAGCGGAGGAAGGGGAACACCUUCACUGUGGUGCCUAAACGUAAGGUGGAGCCCGACGCCCAGCCAAGCUCCCCGGAACCCCAGCAGGAAGCUCCUAGUGAGGCCACGCCGGGCUCCACGCCUCCCCAGGCUCCCUACGCCCAGCUGGGCACCCUGCUGAAGAAACGCUACCCUGCUGUGGAGGAGAUCGAGGUGAUUGGAGGGUACCUCUCCCUGGAGAAGUCCUGCCUCACCAAGACGGGUUCCAUGGGGAAGAAGCUCAAGAUCUCCUUCAACGAGUCGAGUCUCCAGAGUACGUACGAGUAUCCAUCGGAGAGCAGCGUCUGGGACAGCGGCGAGGAGGAUGACGACGACAAGCGGGACGGGAAGCUGGCGGACGAACAGCCGAGCAUGGUGGGACGGAUCCACAUCCCCAGACCCAGUUUCACCGGAUCGCCGACCCACAGCAACAACGGCAACGAUCUUUCCAGCUACAUUCCCAAACACUCGGUGGACUUCAGCGCCUGGCAGGAGCACAAACAUGAUGACGGCGUUUACCAGGACGACACCAGCAGCUCCCAGCAGACCACGAUGACGGAGGAAGUCAUGCUCACACCGGCCGACAGCUCCUCUCUGUCCGACUACAGCAGCGAACCAGCGCUUUACUUCUGAUCCGUCCGACCAAUCAGCUGUACAGUAGCAUCUCACCUGUGGGACCAGACCUGCAGCUCCAGAAGGAUCCAGCCGGACCUCAGCUGCCUCCGACCUCCACACUCCAGCCGACCUAAAGCACACCUUCCCGAUCCCAAACAGGAUCCUGUUAGUCUGUUUGUUCUGGCUGAUUUCCUGCCACGGUACCACGACGACACGCCACGUUUCUCAGCCUGCAUAUCAAGAGCAGAAGAGCUUCUGUUUUUUUGUUGGUUUCUUUUCUCGCCAGGUGGCUGCUGUUCGAUUCCUCAAGCUGAAGGAAAAAAAGCAGCUGGACUGUCUUUCCGAUUCCUCGACAGUUGAUCUGCUCGAAGGCGUCUUUCCUGCCUCCUCGCCGGAUUCGUUUCAGGGUUUUCAGGAAGCCGCCAGCGUGGAGUUCAGUGUUAGUCAGAAAACAGAUCGAUUAAGGUAGAUUUAAACACACAAAAACACACACAAAAAAAACACGGUGAAAGGGUGCCACAAUUGCAGAUUUAUUUCCUUUUUGUCGUUUUUGUACCUGCAUGUUUUGAUUUCAGCCUCCGUUGGUUUCCUCUUUUACUGUAAAGCUUCUGUAUGCCUUUAUUUUUUCUGUUUUUUAGUUUUAUUUUUCUGGCGAACUAUGCUGUGUCGAAGCUGCUGGACGUUUUUUUGGUAGAAGUGUUUAACGGCAAGCAAACUUCAACACAUAUGCACCCCGGCGGGAGGAUUUCUGUCAACCAGUAGCAACUCUUUGAUAAAUGCUUGAAAAAGUGACCUUGGCCAAUAACGUCUGUACGUCGCUGGUGGAGAAUCAUCACACUGUAGAAUGUUUCCGUAUUAUCGAUCUUUCUCUGGCUUCUCGUGUAUUUAUUCCUGCUUACAAGUUGAAGUUUGCAUGUCUCAAACCUGCUCAUGUACAAAAAAAAACCCGUAAUAUUUCCAGACAUUUCGCUUUUUUUAACGGACCUCAUGUACUUUGACAUUCCACAGAGAAGGAACUCGGUCCACUGAAGGUUUGUGAGAACGAAUGCAAGACUGUGUGUGUUUGGGAGAAUAUGUAAUUCUUUUUUUAUUAUUAAGAUUGUUUUAUAUGCACCACAUUUCCAGAUUUUUUUUAUACUCAUAAUGCCAACUGAUUAAAGUGUUGCUGUAAAAGCCUCA